AUAGAGGUUUAAAAUUUUCAUAUGGGCUUAAAAAUUAAAAUCUUCAUUAUUUCUAGUAUUUCUCUUCUGCUCUCUGCAUUCUUCAACAAAAGCCUCCUCGUUUUCUCUCUCCUCUCCCCUCCGGAGCGGCAACGAUCGCCGUUUCUUACUCCGUCGAGUACUAGUUAAGAUACUAAGGUCUUUCCAGAAGCCAUGGCAAAGCAUCAUCCGGAUCUUAUCAUGUGCAGGAAGCAGCCAGGCAUUGCUAUCGGACGACUUUGUGAGAAGUGCGAUGGAAAAUGCGUAAUAUGUGAUUCAUAUGUGCGUCCAUGCACACUGGUGCGAGUUUGUGAUGAAUGCAAUUACGGAUCAUUUCAGGGGAGAUGUGUUAUCUGUGGAGGUGUUGGAAUUUCAGAUGCUUAUUACUGCAAGGAAUGUACUCAACAGGAGAAGGAUAGAGAUGGGUGUCCGAAAAUUGUGAAUCUGGGAAGUGCAAAAACAGAUCUUUUCUAUGAACGGAAGAAAUACGGUUUUAAGAAACGAUGAUGAUAAGAAGAUGUAUCACUUUACUUGUUUCAGACUGCUAUUGAAGAUUAAACUGUAGUACAAGUUUGUAUUAUCUGGUUAUUAUUUCUGAUACUUGUGGUAUAUGUAACUUUGGCUUACCCAUGAAAUUAGCUGACUAAACUUAUGAAUGUGGAUGAGAGUUAGAUAUAUUGCUGUUUAAUGUACUGUUUUAAGAAAGCUCAGAUGAUUGAGCCGCACAUUUUGCUGGGUUAUGGAAUUCGAUUUCCUCCUCGAAGCA